CGCUGGUUGGUUCAGUUUAAAGAAAUGUUGCACGACUGAUAACAUUUUGCGCAGUAUAACGGGAAAAUGGUCUGAAGAUUCGACGUGCUUGGGUGUACGCCUUUUCUACAAUGAUUAAUCUGAAAAUUGGCGUUUUCCUUGUUUUAUUUUGGGGGGUAGCUUGUUCUGAAAGCGCGGACAGCGUGCAGGAGCGAUUGUUUUUAAACGCGCUUGGUCUUUCAAGCCGGCCGAAGCCAGUGCAUCAUGCCCCGGUACCUUCAGUCCUCUGGAAGAUCUUCAGGAAAAGCAAAGCCCAGGAGUCCGAGCCGCAUCAAAACGAGCCUUGUACUGUACCAGAGUUUGGUGUCCAAGGAAAUAUUGUGCGAAUCCUUCAAGAUCAAGGAGGGUUAUUUUCUGGACCGAAUAGCCAGUGCCCAACUUGUGUGGAGAAACACAUGUUCUUCAACAUAUCUGUGCUUGAGACGGUGGAACAGCUGACUCUGGCGCAACUGGAAAUAAAAUUCAAACAUCCCUUCUAUCAUUUUCCACAAGCAGGCGUAGAGAUAUUUAGCAUGUACCUCUAUAAGGUGUUAAAGACUGCGUUAAAAGGGGUACAUGACGAAUCCAGUCGGAAGCUCCUGCUCUCUCAGUCGAUUCAACUAAUCCCCGGCUCCGUCACCCUGAACCUGACUGAGAUCGCAGAGACCUGGAGGAAACCGGGCAGAAACUUCGGGUUUAUUAUUGCGCUCCACCCCAACUCCGUAAACCCCAUGUUGCAUGGCUUGGAGAUGGUCCCGGAGCUGCACUCGUCCUUGGUGACAGUGUCUCUAAACCCCCUGCAGUGCAGAUCGAGAAGGAGGAGGAGUGCGCAGCAUCUGCCUGUGACGCCCAGCAGCGUGUGCAAACCCAGGCGCUUGUACAUCGACUUCAAGGAUGUCGGGUGGCAAGAUUGGAUCAUCGCGCCUCAGGGUUACAUGGCUAACUAUUGUCACGGCGAGUGUCCCUUUCCUCUGAGCGAAAGCUUAAAUGGGACCAAUCAUGCCAUAUUGCAGACCCUGGUUCAUUCCUUCAAUCCCAAGGGGACGCCGCAGCCGUGCUGUGUCCCGAUCAAAUUGUCCCCGAUUUCUAUGCUUUAUUACGACAACAAUGACAACGUGGUCUUGAGGCAUUAUGAGGACAUGGUGGUGGACGAGUGUGGGUGUAGAUGAAUUUAUGCUUUAUAUGGGGGUGAGGUUAAAUUAACAAUAAAGUUGUUUUAAACUUA